AUGGUCCUGGAUUUGGUGGUGCUCCUCCUGUGCUCAGGGUGCAGCUCAGCGCUGGAUGAACAAACACAGGCCACAGCUGUGUCUCCCAGAUGUUUGGAGGACACCAACACUUUCCUCCUGGACAUGAACCAGCACGCUCCGAAGGAAUAUGCAGUUCGCAUGUACGAUGCUUUUGGAAAAAUGGGUAGCAACGUUGAAGGAGGUAAUGCCAACCGUCCCGGUCUGCUGCUGCAGUGUCGCUCUGCCCGUGCUCCCACUUUCUCUGGACGGUACUGCCAAGUGUUUCUCAGACAGGGAACACUCCAGUACUUUGUGGGUAUUUGCGUUCCUGACUCCUGUGGGGAGGAGGAUGUGCAGGUGCUGGUUCUCAACGACAUAUUUCAGUUGGGUCAGACGUCCCUCAUUCCUCCUUUACCCUCGAUUCUGAUCAAUCAGUCCACGCAGGAGAUGAUCAUGACCCACUGUCUGUCCAACACAAUCACUCCAGAUGCAUCGGAUGUCACCUGCCUGUUUGUGUGUUGCAUAAUGGUGGCCAUUCCUCUGGCAGCUACCCUCCUUACUGUUAUAAUCAGGAGGAAACGUGACAGAGAAGUGGAUCCAGUAGGAGAGUCGUCCUGUUUAAACACUGGUCUGGACCUUUAUGGGACCCUGAGGGCUAACCCCUCUUCUGUCUCUUCAGUAGACAGGACCAGCCACACAGUGCAGUGUGUUCCUCAAAGCUGUUUGCAAAGUUGCCUGCAAGCCUUUUCUCUGCAGACGACCACUCCAGGUGUCCUAAGCAUCACCUCAUCCAUCAGGGAAGGACGAUACUCUUCACUGAAUGGCAUCCGUGUUCUCAGUCUGCUAUGGAUCAUAUGUGGGCACUCUGCACAGUUCCCUGUAAUAAGUACCCUGGAUAACUACAAAAACUGGAAGAAGGCUGUUGAAAGCAGCCCCCUGUACGUGUUCACUAUAAGUGGGCCUGUUUUUCUGGCUGUGGACACUUUCCUGCUGCUGGGGGGUCUGCUCAGUGCCAGGUCUCUGCUGGGCUCCAUUCACACAGCUGACGACAAACUGAAGCCCAGCACCGUGGUCUACUACCUUCUGAAGAGGAUUAAAAGGAUUCAACCACUUCAUAUCUUCAUUAUGUGUCUGACCAUCAGCCUCAUCUCUGUGGUCCAGUGGGGGCCCUACUGGUUUCCAUUCAUAGACACAAUGAUGGACUGUAAGUCAUACUGGUGGGCCAACGUACUGCUGAUUAGUAAUCUGCUCCCUGUUCACGAAAUAUGUGUUCCUUGGACAUGGUACCUGUCCCUGGACUUCCAGUGUUAUGCCACCACUCCUCUGUUGGUCUACAUCUACAGACUGAACAGAGAUGCGUUUGCGUUUGUGGCAGGUGGUCUUCUACUGAUGACCACUGCAGCCAGUUCUGUUACAACUGCAGUAAUGCAACUGCCAGUGUUCCAGCCAUCCACAAUGACAUCUGAAAAUUAUGUCCUGUAUUACUAUGUCAGACCCUACACCAGAUAUGGACCGUAUUUAAUAGGGGUGGUGACCGGAAUUUACAUGACAACAAAGAAAACUCCGCUUUUAAAGCAAAAGUGGCAGGCGCUGCUUGGUUGGUUCUGCUGUCUGUGGGUCCUGGCCCUGUUGGUUGGACUAGCCUACAUCCUCAAGGAGACUCCAGCCUUUCCAUCUGUGCCACAUGCUCUUUACCAGGGACUGCACAGACCGCUGUGGGCACUGGCUAUUGCCUGGAUUAUACUGGCAUGUGAAGAGGGCUAUGGAGGUUUUAUCCAGAGCCUUUUGUCUUUGCGUUUCUGGAUUCCACUUUCCAACAUCAGUUUUGCUUGUUAUUUGACACAUCCGGUCUUCAUCAUCAUUUAUAUUGGCCUGCAGGAAACUCCAAUUCACUACACCAACAUUAACUUUAUGUACAUGUUUUUUGGUCACCUGAUGCUCACAUUGGUGCUGAGCUAUGCCUUUACUGUGUUGGUGGAAAAACCAUACCUUCUCCUAAAACUGAACAUGACAAAGAGAUAA